UGAUGCACGACUUCUUUUUCCAGGGUUCGGGCAGGCUCCCUGGGACUAUAAUCUGGGCUCUCGCGUCCUAGUCAAACAAGGAAUUUAAUCCACUGGAUUAAUAACAAUUACCAGGGACCAUGGUGGGAAUGAAGCCCUCUGAUACACCCCCUACCCUGGGGGUGAAGCUGCUGAGUGCUGGGACAGCGGCCUGUAUCGCUGACCUGGUCACCUUUCCCCUGGAUACAGCCAAAGUCAGACUCCAGAUUCAGGGAGAAAAGGUGGCGUCGGAAGCUACCAAGGGCAUCCGCUACAGGGGUGUGUUUGGGACAAUCAGUACCAUGAUCCGGACGGAGGGGCCCAGGUCGCUGUAUAACGGUCUGGUGGCGGGCCUACAGAGACAGAUGUGCUUUGCCUCCAUCAGAAUCGGCUUCUACGACAACGUCAAAAACUUCUACUCUGGCGGAGCAGACACUGCAAAUAUUGGUAUCCGUAUCUUGGCCGGCUGUACCACGGGGGCCAUGGCUGUGUCGUUCGCCCAGCCCACUGACGUGGUGAAGGUUCGCUUCCAGGCCCAGGUCAACCUGACCGGGGUGGAUCGCCGCUACACGGGCACGAUGCAGGCCUACAAACACAUUUUCAACCAUGAGGGCAUCCGCGGGCUCUGGAAAGGCUGUCUACCCAACAUCACUAGGAACGCUCUGGUCAACUGCACAGAGCUUGUGACCUAUGACCUCAUUAAGGAGGCCAUUCUUAGGCACAACGUGUUAUCGGAUAACCUCCCGUGCCAUUUUGCGUCUGCGUUCGGCGCCGGCUUCGUUACCACCUGCAUUGCCUCUCCGGUGGACGUGGUGAAGACACGGUACAUGAACUCUCCGCCGGGCCAGUAUAAGAGUGCCAUCAACUGUGCCUGGACCAUGGCCACCAAAGAGGGACCCACGGCCUUCUACAAAGGAUUCGUGCCCUCUUUUCUAAGGCUGGGCUCGUGGAACGUUGUGAUGUUCGUGUCAUUUGAGCAGCUCAAGAGAGUCAUGAUGAUAGGAAAGAAGAAGAUGGAGGACAAAAGUUAAAUUCAUUCCCACGUGCAAAGAAGAGCCCUUUGCAAUGAACGGAUUGACAAACGCACAAACCCUAGCCAUAUUGAGUUGGACCCACAAUGUAGUGUAGACUACAGGAAUACUAUGGACCACGAUCCAUAACGUUGGCCACGAGAUUCCUAUGUGUUCGACUGUCAGCAUGUUUUAUGAAUAAUGAGGAAUCCUUUGUUAAAAAAGGAGUUAUGAAAGUGCAUUUGAAGUGCAUCUACCCUGUAUGUGGCUUAUUAUGAACGCACAGUGUGGGAAAAGGAAUUCCUUGGAGAA